AUGCGAUUCCGGGUAUGUCGGGGUGGAUGUGCACUUGGAAGUCACGCGGGAGGAGGGGACGCAUUCAUGAGCGUCGCUUUAUCCCCGCCUGCCUCUUCCCCGCCCACUGUCUCCCCUCCUCCACCCACAUCUUUCCGCUCCUCCCCUCUUGCCGUCCUUCCUUCCCCCCAGUCACUCUCCUUGCCCCGUCUUUCCUGUGCAUCCCUUGUCAUUUCUCCCUGCCCUCCCCUCCCCGGUCCUCCCCCCUCCCUGCUCUUCCCUCCCUGUUCCCCACAUCGCGGUCCCCGCCCUCCCUGUUCCCCACAUCCCGGUCCCCGCCCUCCCUGUUCCCCCCAUCACGGUCCCCGCCCUCCCUGUUCCCCCCAUCCCGGUCCCCGUCCUCCCUGUUCCCCCCAUCCCGGUCCCCGCCCUCCCUGUUCCCCAUCCGUGUCGUCCCCUUUCCCUCGUCCCUCCGCCUUCCCGUCAGGCCAGAGCAUGGCAGCACUUGGGAGGGGGAUGCGAGCGGCACGCACAGGGAGGGGAUGCGAGCGGCACGCACAGGGAGGGGAUGCGAGCGGCACAGGUGCUGCAGGCAGAGAGAAUCGAGGAGGAGCAGCGGGGGAAGAGGUGGCAGUGAAAUGGCUGCAGGAAGGGCUGGGAGCGUCAAGGGGAGGGUGGAAGAUGGCAGAGAGAGUGGCGCUGCUGCUGCCCGUGGAGGUGGGCAUGGCACAGGUGGGCAUGGCACAGGUGAGCAUGGCACAGGUGAGCAUGGCACAGGUGAGCAUGGCACAGGUGAGCAUGGCACAGGUGGGCAUGGCACAGGUGGGCAUGGCACAGGUGAGCAUGGCACAGGUGAGCAUGGCACAGGUGAGCAUGGCACAGGUGGGCAUGGCACAGGUGGGCAUGGCACCAGUGAAACAGCAGCGCACACGCCAUGUCGCAUUCCUCGGAAGCCGUUCACUCGCCGUCGGCCUCGCAAUCCGCGUCGCCCGGCAUGCAGCCAUGGUCGCCAGAGGUGGGUCGCCAGAGGUGGUGGCAGUGUGUUGCGGGAGACGGUCAGCCGCUGCUCUGUCAGGAUUUCAAGCAGCAGCAGCAGCAGCAGCAGCAGCGGCAGCAGCAGCGGCAGCAGCAGCGGCAGCGGCAGCAGCAGCAGCAGCAGCAGCAGCAGCAGCAGCAGCAGCAGCAGCAGCAGCAGCAGCAGCAGCAGCAGCAGCAGCAGCAGCAGCAGCAGCAGCAGCAGCAGCAGCAGCAGCAGCAGCAGCAGCAGCAGCAGCAGCAGCAGCAGCAGCAGCAGCGGCAGCAGCAGCAGCAGCAGCAGCGGCAGCAGCAUUCGGAUGGCGUUGGUUCACCUGCAGUGGCGUUCGGAGGGCUGUCGUAUGGCGAUACCUCUCCUCCCUUCCCUGCUGUGGUACCUCUCCUCCCUUCCCUGCUGUGGUGCCUCUCCUCCCUUCCCUGCUGUGGUACCUCUCCUCCCUUCCCUGCUGUGGUACCUCUCCUCCCUUUCCUGCGUUGAUACCUCUCCUCCCUGCUCCUACUCCUCUACGCCCUUCCCUGCUCCUACUCCUCUACGCCCUUCCCUGCUCCUACUCCUCUCCUCCCUUCCCUGCUGCUGCUCCUCUCCUCCCUUCCCUGCUGCUGCUACUCUCCUCCCUUCCAUGCUGCUGCUCCUCUCCUCCCUUCCCUACUGCUGCUCCUCUCCUCCCUUCCCUGCUGCUACUCCUCUCCUUCCUUCCCCCCUCCUACUCCUCACAUCCCUUCCCUGCUGCUGUUCCUCCCCUCCCUUCCCUGCUGCUGUUCCUAUCCUCCCUUCCCUUCUGCUGCUCCUCUCCUCCCUUCCCUGCUGCUGCUGCUCUCCUCCCUUCCCUGCUGCUGCUCCUCUCCUCCCUUCCCUGCUGCUACUCCUCUCCUCCCUUCCCUGAUGCUUGGGCCCCUCCGCCCUUCCCUGAUGCUACUCCUCUCCUCCCUUCCCUACUGCUGCUCCUCUCCUCCCUUCCCUGCUGCUACUCCUCUCCUUCCUUCCCCCCUCCUACUCCUCACCUCCCUUCCCUGCUGCUGUUCCUCCCCUCCCUUCCCUGCUGCUGUUCCUAUCCUCCCUUCCCUGCUGCUGCUCCUCUCCUCCCUUCCCUGCUGCUGCUGCUCUCCUCCCUUCCCUGCUGCUGCUCCUCUCCUCCCUUCCCUGCUGCUACUCCUCUCCUCCCUUCCCUGAUGCUACUCCCCUCCGCCCUUCCCUGA